AUGGCCGAAAAUCCAACCUGCACAGUCGAAGAAUUCACCCGCACCACAUUCGACUAUGUCAUCUGUGGCGGCGGAACUGCAGGACUGGCUCUUGCAGCACGCCUCACCGAAAAUACCGCUAUAACCGUUGGCGUCAUUGAGGCCGGCAAGUAUCGCAUUGGAGAUCCGCUAGUCGAUACUCCUACGGCGUUCCCGCAGAUGUUCGAGAAUCCCGAGUAUGAUUGGUGUGUGUAUACGGUGCCGCAGAAAGGCAACCGCGGCUUGUCUCACCAUGUCCCGCGGGGAAAGCUCCUCGGUGGAUCUAGCGGCAUCAAUUAUAUGAUGUAUGUGCGAGGAUCGACGCAGGAUUACAAUGACUGGGCCGAGCUGGUAGAGGGUGAUGGCUGGUCUGGGGAGCAUAUGCAGCAAUAUAUGCGGAAGCAUCAGACUCUCGAGCCAAUCGACCCGGCCAUCACCGAUCGCUCCACAAUGCCACUCGUAGGCGAGUUCCACGGCCUGAACGGGCCCAUCCGUACCAGCUUCAAUGAUUUAAUUAUGCCAGUGGAGAAUGACGUUAUCAAAGCCUGCGAGGAGGUGACCGGCAUCGCAAACAAGCCCACCGACCCAUGGAGCGGGGACCACAUCGGCUUCUAUCACACUCUCGGUGCAGUCGUUCGAACCGGCCCGGACAAGGGAAAGCGUAGCUACUCCGCACGAGGAUAUUAUGAAGCGAACCGUGCCACUCGCCCAAAAUUCAAAGUCCUCUGUGAAGCCCUCGUCAACCGCGUCGUGCUAGACGGCAACAAAGCCACCGGCGUAAGCUUCACACACGCUGGAGUCGAGUACCAAGUCUCCGCACGGCGCGAGAUAAUCGUCAGCAGCGGCACAAUUCAAAGUCCCCAGAUCCUCGAGCUAUCUGGAAUCGGCGACCCGGAGGUUCUCAAAGCCGCCGGCGUUGAGUGCAAGGUCGCCAACAGCGGCGUCGGUGCAAAUGUCCUAGACCACGCCCUCACCCUCUACAUCGCGGAAGUCCAGCCCGGUGUUCUCACACAAGACACCCUGCACCAAGUGCCCGAGGCAAUGGAAGCUGCCGCCAAGCAGUAUGCCGAAACCAGCGGCGGACCACUCAGCUCUGUCUGUAACAUGCAGGGUUUCUUUCCGGCAAAGAAAAUCCUCUCUGAAACAGAGCUGGAAGAGAUCAUCCAGAGCAUUCGUGAUGUCAAACCGAACACCGCGUUCCACGCGAAACAGCUCGCACAGAUUAUCGCGAACCUCGAGAGCGACCACUCUGCCAAUAUGCAAAUUGUCACCGUGCCAGGUUCCAUGAACCCGGAUGGUAUAGGUCAUCAGAGCAAGAUCAUUCAACCGCGAAAGCCUGAUGAGCCGGGUGGUUUGACCUUCGGGCUUUGUAUUCAGUACCCGGUCUCUAGAGGGACUAUCCAUAUUGAGAGUGCAGACCCAACCAAACACCCCAUCAUCAAUCCCAACUACGGUGGCCACCCAGCUGACAUCUCCCUCCUAGCGGCGAUGCUACGCUGGAGUGAUAAAGUCAUGGAAUCAAAGCACCUGAAUCCUUCGAUCCUGCACCGCGCGUACCCGGACCCCAGUGUCAACUUGCAGAACCUGGAUGAAGCCCGAGAGGCAGUGCAUGACAUCGUUGCGGGUGAGUACCAUAUCAGCGGAUCUGUUGCUAUGGGCGAUGCGUUGGAUAGUAGACUGAGGGUGAAGGGUGUUGAGGGACUGCGUGUUGCGGAUGCAUCAGUAUUCCCCAAUAAUGUUUCGGGUAAUAUUGUUAGUAGCGUUUACGCUAUUGCGGAGAAGGCAGCGGAUAUGAUUCGUGAGGAUUGGGAUCUUAGGACUGCGAAGACUAUGAUGUAG